GAGAGGUUCCCGGAUCAACAUUGCUCCCGCCCAGGGGGGGGGAUGUGGAGGGAGGGUCUCCCAAAGCACCCCAGAAUCCGAGAUCCCGGGGCCCCCCACCCACGAGACCCGUCUAGGCCCUCGAGGGACUCUCCCUCGCUUUGCGCUACCUGCGCUCCCAAAGGGAGGCUUGUUUUGGCACCAGCUCCGGAAUCUGUUUGCAGCCUUGAAACAAGAUAGGAAGCAGUCUCGUACAAGACGCGCCGUGCAUCUUAAGUCGAGAGCCCCCCCACCCCCAUUGGGAGGCAUCACGGGUAUCUGGAGUUAUUUGCAGGUGAACGGGUAGCAUUGGGAGCUUGGAGUUCUGACGGCCAUCCUUUCUCUCUUCUUCUCAAGGCUAGGGGUAUCCGUCCCUCCCGUGGAGGGGGAACAAUGAGUUACAGUAACCUUCAUCACCAGCGGUCAAGUGUAGGUAGAGGACGGCAAGGAAAACAAGGUUGGAGAGACAGUGAAGUAUACCCAUGCUUAACCGUACCCCUCAGUGAGCUGAGAGCAUAUGGAGUAUGGCAUAUGGAAACUCAGCAGCAGUUGUAUUAUGGUUUGAGUCCCCCACAGAACUUUGAUGAGGCACCUGGGAUGCCGGCUCCCUCGCUGACUUUGAUGACUAGCAUGAGGACACAGUUGCACAUGGCCCUAGAGAGGAACUCCUGGUUGCAGAAGCGGAUCGAGGACCUGGAGGAAGAACGGGACUUUCUCCGUUGCCAGUUGGACAAGUUCAUCUCUUCCGCCCGCCUGGAUGCUGACGACCACGGCCGCAACAAACAGCCCCCACGUCGGUCUGAGGCUUCCGACAGCCGGAAUGGGGACGUCACGGACGACGACAGCAGGGGCUCUUGGCUGAGCGCCAGCCCGGAAGAAGGGGGCUCCGCAGAGCACAAGAAACUGAAAGGAGGGGCGAACCGGCGGCGCUUUGUUAAGCCCAAAGUCCGUGAGAGGCAGAGAGUCAAAGACGUAGACGGGGUGCUGUGCCGCUACAAGAAGAUCCUGUACACUUUUCAGAAGCUGCAGAGCAUGAGCCGGGCCUUUGAACACCACCGGGUGGACCGUAACACGGUGGCUCUGACCACGCCCAUCGCCGAGCUCCUCAUCGUGGCUCCUGAAAAGAUGGCCGAGGUGGGUGAAUUUGACUCUUCCAAAGAGCGCCUGCUGGAGUAUUCCCGGCGCUGCUUCAUGGCCCUGGAUGACGAAACGCUCACGAAGGUCCAGGCCCUCAAGAAGAGCAAGCUGCUGCUUCCCAUCACAUACCGCUUCAAGCGGAAAAUAGACUCCCCUGGCCCUGCGGCUGGCAACCCGCUGCCCUCGUCCGCCACCCCACCCAAACCACUUUUGCCCAUUGCUGACUGCUACAAGCGGUGAUUCCCGCCUUUACUAUCAGGAACCCAUUUUGUCAGCCUCUCAGCCUUCUAUUCCUAUUUAAAUACUGACUGAACCACUGCAUUAUUUUAUCCUGGAGUGUCCUGCAUCUCUUCCUAUCAGUCAUUUCCCUGCACCUUUUUUUUUCUUUUCAGGUUUUUUUUAAUGUCAAAUGAAGAAGAAAACAAAGAGUUUGACCCCCCCCCUUUCUCUCCUGAAAAGAGGCUCAAAGGGGCUUGCAAUCUCCUUUCCU